UGAAGGGAGUUGAACGCAGUUUAGCGAUUUUUCAAGAGUUUCAAAAUUUAUUUUGAGUACCACUGUUGCUAUUACGUACGCGGCUGCUGUACCACAACCUCAUGUUCGACUCGCGGCUUCCGAAUCGCCAACCCCAUCUUCUAUCCCCCACCCCCACUGCCGCCCCUUCUUCUACCUCAAAUUCAGGCGGCGCCUUCCUUAUGAGCAAACUCACACUCGCACAACGCACCCAGAUCUUCUGGACUGCAACUGCUAUUGCUGUAGCCGUAUCUCUAGUUCAAGGUGCUAUCACCACUCUCGUCGAGAUAUGCGAGAGCGAAGGUUUAUGGACAAUCCGGUUCAGCCUCGCCCGAAGGGAACAUCUCUGGUGGACAGGCAUAGCAAUUGCUCUCGUAGCUUCCUUUGGCUGUAUGAUCCUCUCUUUCCUUGCAGGCAAUAACAACGAUUCACUCGGAAUCAUCUUACUAGCCAGCGCAUCAUCCCUCGCUGUAUUCCGCUACGCAUGGCCCGCUUGGCGUAAUCGGCACUACUGCUCAAAUCGAUGGGCAGCAUGGACUGGCCCCAGCCGCACAGGAAUAGACACAACUCUAGUUCCCCUCAUACAAGGCAACGAUCCCUGGCCAAUCCUAAGCAAAGGCAUCCCAGUCAUGAAACAACACCCCGUCGACAAACGUUUUCCUCUCUUCAAAUCUAAUCUUAUCGCAGAUGACCCCACAGACAUCCUCAAAGCCAAGAAGCGUGUGAUCGACACCGCAGAUAAAGAAAAAUCAAAGCCGUCGACGAAACCCCUAGAACGCGCACCAGACGACAAGACAGGUCUCUACGCCCCCAUCCACCCAGACAAAUCCGCAUCCCUCCUCUGGGGAUCUCAUAUCGGAUUCUCCCCGCGCGUCAGCCGCGGCAUCCUCGCAGUCCCAAAACGCCUCUUACAAUCCUCCCCUCUCACAUCCUCAGGGCACGACGGCCAACCCGUCUGCCUCGCGCACGGCAUCCUCGGCCGCAACAAAGGCCUACAGCCCUUUUCCUUCAUCCUGGGCCUAAACCCCAGCAAAUUCGAAGAAAAAUGCGUCCAAUGGCCCCGCCCGUCCAAAGUCCUCCGCACCUACUACCGCGAAGAAAUGAACGCAGCCUACGGAGGCCUAGGCGCCACAUUCGUAGACGCAGCCACAGAACUCGCGCUCCUCCUAGCCGAUUCCAGCCACAGCCUCAUCGAAGACUGGCUCGCAUCGCGCAUGGAACAUCAAGAUCACGCAUUGAACAACCAGCUUGCUCGUCUUGGUGCGAGUGAUGAGGAGUUGAAGGUGAUUUACCGACUUUCAUAUGCUGCGAUGUUGGUUAGUUUGAGCGCGCAUAGGAAGGGGCGGAAGUUUAGGCCUGAGGUGAAGCUCUUUGUGGCGUAUUGGAAGAGGUAUAGAAGGGUGGAGCUGCCAGAGUGGAUGGGUAAGAGAGAGGUUGUGGAGAGGGUUGGGGUGGAGGAGAGUGAGUUGGGUGAUACGGAUCUGGAUGCGUUGAUUGAUUCUAUUUUGUAUAAGAUUGAUGAACCACCUUUUGUAUGAGAUAAUAACCGCGUACACGACGAAUACAUGUAACAAUUUAAUGAACUAGACUCGUC